AUGAUUGCUAUAGGAUUAGAAGGAAGCGCCAACAAGAUAGGCGUUGGCGUCAUCUCUCAUCCAGGCCCAAACAAACCGCCGAUCAUCCUCGCGAAUCUGCGCCAUACGUAUGUUUCCCCGCCUGGCGAAGGCUUCCUGCCCAAGGACACCGCGAUACAUCACCGAGCAUGGGUUGUGAGACUAAUCAAGCAAGCCGUACGGCAAGCGGGCAUUAAAAUCGAGGACAUUGAUUGCAUAUGCUAUACGAAAGGCCCCGGGAUGGGUGCACCUCUACAGAGUGUUGCGCUUGCAGCCAGGACAAUCAGUUUACUAUGGGGAAAGCCCAUGGUCGGUGUGAACCACUGUGUUGGCCACAUCGAAAUGGGUCGCUCUAUAACGCGUGCCGAUAACCCCGUCGUCCUUUACGUAUCUGGCGGCAACACCCAGGUCAUCGCCUACUCCGCCCAACGGUAUCGUAUUUUUGGUGAGACCCUAGACAUCGCCAUAGGAAACUGCAUCGAUCGAUUCGCCCGCACGCUGAUGAUACCCAACGACCCAUUCCCUGGAUACAAUGUCGAGCAAUUGGCAAAGAAGGGAAAGAACCUUGUUGAUCUACCAUAUGGAGUCAAAGGCAUGGAUGCAAGCUUCUCAGGCAUAUUGGCUGCAGCCGACCUUCUCGCACGCGGAUUGGACGAGUCAUUGCCGGAUGCAAAACGAUUGAAGACUGAGGACGGAGAGCUGGUUACACGAGCAGACAUGUGCUUCUCCCUGCAAGAAACCAUUUUCGCCAUGCUCGUUGAGAUUACAGAGCGCGCUAUGGCACAUGUGGGCUCACAACAAGUGCUGGUUGUAGGCGGCGUGGGCUCGAACAUGCGACUGCAGCAGAUGAUGGGCAUGAUGGCAAGAGACAGAGGAGGCAAUGUGUUUGCGACGGACGAGAUGUUUUGCAUUGACAAUGGUAUCAUGAUCGCUCAUGCGGGUUUACUGGAGUACGGGACUGGAGUGAAGACGGACUUGAUGGAUACGACAUGUACGCAGCGAUUUAGGACUGACGAGGUGUUUGUCGGGUGGAGGACUGACUGA